UGUGUGUCUCUCCUUGCAAAGACAAAAAUGGAUUCGCAUCUUGGUCGGGCGUAAUCACAAGUGACGUUUAAUAUUUUUAUUUAUUAAAAUAUAAUAUUCAUUAAAAAAUUUGUCAUUGUUAUAUUAUUAUAAAAAAUUAAUUUGUAAAUUAUUUAACUAAUUAACAAGCAAGCUGUAAUAAUAAUAAAUAAAUAAAUAACAACAAUGUCAGAUAGAAAAGCAGAGUUGGAAAGAAAAAAGGCUAAACUUCAAGCCAUUAGAGAAGAUAAAGAAAGACGUAGAAAAGAAAAAGAGCAAAAAGAUGUUCGAUUAGCAACUGCUCAUGUUGCUGGUCCAGGCAGAGAUCAACAAAAAGAGGUGGAUGACAUGUUGUCAUCAUUGGGUGUUGCUCCAGUCUCUGAUGUAUUAUCUAGUCUUUCAAGUAUGAAUUCUUUGACAUCAGAUCAAUCAAAUAAUCCAACACCUGAUGCUAGUAUGCAACCAACAAGUAUAAAUUCAGUUCAAAGUUUGAAGAAAAAAAUACCUCGUGAAUUAACUGUUGUCUCAGUUGCACAUACAAAUAUUCCACCAAAGGAACCAGUUGUCUAUAGCAAACAGACACAAACUGCACAAGCAGCUCAAACAUCUCAUGACGGCUACUUUGAGACUGACUGGUGGCGUCCCAGGAAAGGUGGGUCUGCACCAAACUACCUAUACGAGUACAAUCUAAAUCCUGGUUUAGAAUGGGAGGACGAAUUCACAGUUUUAACAUAUGAUGAUGGCCAAGCCGAGGAUGAAGAAAACAGUCUUCCUCAUAUUGAUGGAUUUCAAAGUAAAUUACCACCUGGAAUUCUUCCUCAUGGUUUACCACAAGUCAAAGAAGUCCAGCCAGCAGUAACACAAGUUGAACAACAAAAAGAAUUGGAAAAACCAAAAGAAGUUCGUGAAUUGAGUGAAGAAGAAAAACAAAUGAUUGUAUUAUCAGAAGAUUUUCAACGUUUCUUAGACAGAUCAAGUCGUCUUGUUGAACGUGCAUUAGCUGAAUCAGUUGAUAUAUAUGCUGAUUAUACUGGUACACUUGAUGGUGAAGAAGGUUUAGAUGAAAAAACUCAUCAACGUUUAUGGCUUAAUCGUUCAUUUUAUGAUGAACGUUGGACAAGAAAUCGUUGUGUAACAUCAAUGGAUUGGAAUCCACAAUUUCCUGAAUUAUUAGCAGCAUCAUAUCAUCAUAAUGAUGAUGCACCAAAUGAUCCAGAUGGUAUAUGUUUAAUUUGGAAUACAAAAUAUAAAAAAACAACACCAGAAUUUGUAUUUCAUUGUCAAUCAGCUGUUAUGUCAACGACAUUUGCUAGAUUUCAUCCAAAUUUAAUACUUGGUGGUACUUAUGCUGGACAAAUUGUAUUAUGGGAUAAUAGAGUACAAAAAAGAACACCAAUACAACGUACACCAUUAUCAGCAAGUGCACAUACUCAUCCAGUUUAUUGUUUAAAUGUUGUUGGUACACAAAAUGCUCAUAAUUUAAUAAGUAUAUCAACUGAUGGUAAAAUGUGUUCAUGGAGUUUAGAUAUGUUAUCACAACCACAAGAAACACUUGAUUUACAAGCUAAACAAUCAAAACCAAUUGCUGUAACAAGUUUAGCAUUUCCAUAUGGUGAUGUUAAUAAUUUUGUUGUUGGUAGUGAAGAUGGUACUGUUUAUUCAGCAUGUCGUCAUGGUAUACGUGCUGGUGUUACUGAAACAUAUGAAGGACAUCAAGGACCAGUAACAUCUGUUAGUGCACAUGCUGUACAAGGUGGAAUUGAUUUUUCACAUUUAUUUUUAACAUCAUCAAUUGAUUGGACAAUUAAAUUAUGGAGUUUAAAAGAAAAUAAACCAUUACAUUCAUUUGAACAUAAUGGUGAUUAUGUUUAUGAUGUUGCAUGGUCACCAACACAUCCAUCAUUAUUUGCUGCUGUUGAUGAUUCUGGACAUCUUGAUCUUUGGAAUUUAAAUCAAGAUACUGAAGUACCAACAGCUUCAGUUGUUGUUGAUGGUUGUCCAGCAUUAAAUAGAGUAUCAUGGACACCAAGUGGUUUACAUGUUACUGUUGGUGAUGAUACUGGUAAAAUAUGGGUUUAUGAUGUUGCUGAAAAUCUUGCACAUCCACGUGGUGAUGAAUGGAAUAAAUUUUUAUAUACACAACAAGAUUUAAAAAAUAAUAAAGCUGAUGAAGAAUUGGAUAAACUUAAUUUAAGCUCUGGACCAUCAAGUCUUACAUCAAUGUCAUCAAUGUCAUCAGUACCAAUUAGAUAAAUUAUUAUUAUUUAUUAUAAUAAUUUUUUAAAAUUUUUAAUCAUUGAGAAUAGAUGUUAUUUUGUGACUUUUUCGAAAAUCAUAUUUAUCGAUUUUCUCUCUCUUUCUCGUAAUUAAUGCUUGUUAUAAUAAUUAAUAAUAAAUUUAAAAACAAAAAAUUUAUCUCAAGCUUAAAAAAUAAAAAGAAAAAUUCAAAUAUUAAAUUUAACAUUUUUGUGAAUUUUUCAUUAGUAAUGAUAUUUUUUUUUGUAAAUAACUGAGAUUUUGUGUUGAAUUUUUUUUAUUUUUAACUUGCACUGUGUAUGGAAAGAAACAAAAAAAUCUGUAAAUCAAUAAUAAUAGAUGUAAACAAUUUGUGUCUUUUUAUAUUGUAAUUUAUUUUAAAAAAUAUAUUUCGAAAUUCGAAAAAUAAUUUCGAAAUAUAUAAACACACUGUAAAAUCAUUAUAAUUAUUUCGUUUGUUUUUUUUUUUUUAGAUUUUUAUAUUUAAAAACUUCAUAGACGAAAUAAAUAAAAAAUAAUUGCAGUGCCAGAUAAAUUGUAAAAAAAAAAAAAAAUGUACUAAUAAUUAUUUCUAUUAUUUGUAAUUUCGUCCAACGAAUUUCUAGAUACUCUAAAGAAAAAAAAGAAGAAGAAGAAGAAGAAGCCCCCAUAUGAAUCUAAUUUUUUUUUUAUCAACAUGACAUCAUCAUUCGAUUGAACACAAUGACGUAAAGCCUUUAUUACAACUGAUUUAAUUAGCAACAUACGACUCAUCAACUAAAUAAAAUAUAAAAAAAAUAUUUAUCUGUAAAACAAAAUUAAAAUACAAAGAUCCACAUUAUAUACAGAAAUAUUAAUCAUGAUUUCUUUGAAUGAAUUGAUUUCAAAUUUUUAUGACAUUUUCAUGAUGUCACAUGAAGAUGAAGAAGAAAAAAAAAUACACAUCAAUGCAUGAAUAAAAUAUGAAAAUACGCCAUCUAUUGUUAAUUCAUAAAUGAAAAAAGGAAAAACUAUUAACUCCAUGACCCCCUCCAUCAUCAUCAUCAUCUUGCUUGCUGUGUGUCUCUCUUAUUUAAUACACAAGUAAAUUCAAAUUAUUAGCUUAUUUUAUAAAGAAUGAGCAACAGGGCAUAUAAUAAUGCCUCGCCUUAGCUGCUGUGAAUCUCCAAUUCUUCAUCAACAAUAUGUAAAAGCAAGCAUAAAAUUCAAGAGAGUGGGAGGAGAGAGAGGAAAAUGCUGCUGCUUUAAACUUCCAGUCAAGAGAAAUACAGAGAGUGAGAGAAAAAAUUAUGAUAAAGAUAGAAUUAAAGCAGCUAUCAUUGGCUCUUUUUAUAAUUUAAUAUUUUUUUUUUUUUUUUUUUAUAAAUGUGUAUACUGUACUAAUACUUGAUUACAAAAUUAUAUAUAUAGAAGUAUAGGUGUAUUAGUCAAGUUGUACAUAGAAUAGCCGACUCCCCUGCGAUUUCAGUGGCUGUUCGGUGCCUCGGUGCCUGCGUGGUGUUUCGGAACCGCUCCAAGUUGUUCCUCUUUUUUUGUGUUAUUAUUUAUUUUUUUUUUUUUAUAAUUGUUUAUUUAUUAAUUUAUCAUUAUUAUUAUUUCAUAUAUUUAUACACAUGUCCGUCCAGUUUUGUUUGUUUUUUAUUUGUUAUCUAUUGUCAUAUUAUUUAUUGGAGUAAAUAACAAAAAAAAAAAAUAAUAAAUAAAACAAUUGUUUCGCGUGUGCGUGUGUAAUAAUUGCUAACGUAUAAAAAAUAUACUUUUGCAUGCUUUUGCAUAAAAAAAUAAUAAAAGAGAAAGAAUUUAAAAGGUAAAAAAAAAAAAGUGUCAGGUGUAAAAAUUUGAAAAUAAUAAAUAUAUAUUGACAAGAUAAUAUAAAAUAUAUAUUUGUAAUCUUGUCACUGUUGUAAUUUUCAAUUGAAUUGAGUGAAAAAAAAAAAAAAAAAAGUAAUAGUUAUAUAUGAUAAAUAAAUAAAUAAAUAAAUAGCAAGAGAAAUAAGAGAGAGAAAGAGAAAAAAAAAUAGAGAGAGAGAGACUGGAUUGCGUUUGGUGCUCGAUGUAAAGUAUGUACCCUGAGAAGUGGUCUCGAAAGUGGUUGACACGUAUAAUAUAAUUCAACAAGGGGGGAUAAAACCUCGACGACGACGACGACGAAGAAUACAACAACGACGACGACGACGACGACGACGGAGAAGUAGUCAGGCACCCGAUUCGAGUGGUAUAUUAUAACGAUACAUACACGCAAAGAGUAGGUGUGCUGCAAGACCCGGAAACUCGUUGUUGGUUGAGCCAACUUGUGCUUGCUUGAGUUACUUGUGUGUGAUAAUUUUUUUUUUUUAAAUAUAUACACUAUAUAACAUAAUAUGCAACAAGAAAUUAUUUAAAUAAUAAUAAUAAUAAAACAAAAAAAUUAACAAUAAUAAAUAAAAAAAAACACACGUCGUACAUAGUUGUGUUGCUAAACUCUCUGGAGAAUAUAAGAAAGGAAUAUAAAACAAGAUUGUUGACUUUAGUUUUUCUCUCUACUGUCAAUUUUUUUAUAUUAUUAUUAUUAUUUCUAUCAAGUUUAUUUAUUGACUUUUGUUUAUGACGUUUCAUCACCGGAUGCUUGAAGUAGAAAAAAAAAAAAAAAAUUAAAAAACAACAUUUCUUGAUUUUUUUUAUUUUUUAUUUCAAAUCAGGUUUUUUUUUUUUUUUUUCUAUACACUUGUGUUUUUCUUGGAACUGAGAAAUAGAAAACUAAUGGGAUUCAGGGAGAAUAGUUGGAUAUAGUUUUCAUCAUUCUACUUUGGAGCAACAAGCAGGUAGCAUAUAUUUUAUGGAAAAUAAAAAAAAAAAUCAGGGAUAAAAAAAAGUGUGUUUAUUAUUGUUAUUUUAAAAAUUGAGCAAUAAUAAUAUUAAUAAAAAAUAGCUAACAAUAAAUAAAAAAGAGUGAAUAAACUUAGCUUUUAUAUAAAAAUUAAAAAUACUUGUCGUCAUGUUUAUUGAGUGAUACGGUGGUUAAAGUGAAGCAAAACUUGGUGGAUAAUACCACACGGUAAGGCCUCUUUUAUUCUCUCAUGAAAUAAAUAAAAAAUAAAUAAUAAUAAAAAGAAUAAACAGUAUACUUACAAGGG